CUCGAAUGGAUUGCGGAGCGCUUUCAUGGAAGUUUUCCAAGUUCCCUGGCUAUGCAGUACGUGAAAGAGGCGGUAAGCCGUUUGGACCGCGGUUAAUAUUGCGGUUCGAUGAAGGCGCUCGUGUUGUAUACUUAAUCCGCGUAUAAAGUCCUCUUGAAGUAUGCAUGCACAUCGAGCGCACCUCGGAGUCAACCAAGAAUGAAUAUUUCUGCCACGAAAACCGUCAACAUGUUUGUCAAACUCGUCCCAACCACAAGCAGGCAGAGCAAUCGUUACUGUCAAUCGGCUCACAUUGAGCCCACUCAUACUGCUAUUGCUGCUGGGAAUGGCAACGUUGCACGAGCUGAACCACAGCAUGAUGUCUGCGCUAGCUGGACUGGGCAUAUACACCCGGAAGGCAAACGCUAUCAUGCUAUGAACUGGCGUGAUUUUCGUGUGGUUACAGAAGACAAUAUUCAUGACUCGGAAGUGUCGCUUCGCCUCACCACGGCUAUUCAGUGGAUAGAUGAGGUGGCUAUUCAAUCCACCUCUUUCAAUCCUGGUUUUGUCGAGCUUUUCAUCGAGCUCUGUGAUUCUGACAAGGAGCUUGUCUGUCGCUAUUACUUUGUCGACCAUGCGGCUAAGACCCAAUUCUGGCUGGAUUCCGUCUCCACUGAGGAGCUGGGCUUAGAUGCUGCAGUUUCGUCCUCGCAUCAUCGCCACCAGCUAGAACAUUUGUACUGGAUUCAUGUUGAUUUCUUUUGCGUACAUUUGGCGCCAGAACUCUCGCCUGUCAUUCAAGACGAACUCAUAAAUGUGUUGAUACAUGCACAAGGAGAUCAUAUGACUUCUAGCACGUCAACAUUUCCUUAUUCGUCUGAUAAAUGUGAAGGUUUUGUCAAGCUCCUGAGUCAUAGAGGACAUGCAUUGGACCCGUACACGCUCUGCGUCGUAGCACGUUUAUGGGGCGUUGUGGCCCAACACCGGUUCACCACUUACUAUGGCGAAUGUAACCCUCAGCUAGACAGAUUCCAGAUCAUGCAGCCCUAUGCAUUGGAACGCUCUACUUGGGCUAUAGGCCUUUGUAAUCGCAUGUUAUGGAAUAUGCCUAGACUUUACGAACAACGCCUGGAUGAUGUCUUUGCCAACGACCAAGUAUACGUUCACCUAUGGCAUGAUUUCAUGACGCUCUGUACGGAGGACUGGAGGACCAGUUUGGCUUGGACCUUCCCGACUUUAAUCUCGAGCUCCUUACUCCUCAUUGCGGAUGGUUGCGCGCUAAUGACUUUGCCCGGAGUUCUGACAAGCUAUAUGUCUGUCAUAUCAUGCGUUACCCUUAUAUGCACCCACCAAAAUCUUGCAAAGGGCACUGCAUCCACUGCGGCAAGGUUCCUCAAAGAUGCGCAGUCUCCUACCUCAGGCAUGCUCCCCCUUGCUAUCGUUUACGGUCUGCCAAAAGCACUCUCAAUUUGGAGCAUCAUAUGUUUUGGAGGCCAGAUCCUGUUCAUGCUUUAUCGCUAUCUUGGUGUAGGUGUCGCCUCCGGCAUCCUGUUCUCUCUACUUUCAUUGGUCAUUGGCAUCACUCGUGUGAUCGCCGGUAUUGGCUUCACUUGUAGGUGGCAUUUGCCCUCGCUUUCAUACAUCUUCCGGAGAACCGGUCUCUUGGGACUGGCCUCUCCGGAAGAGCGUCAACCUCUUGACGAAAAACCCGAGACGCUGGUAUAGCUAGUACUGUUGCCUACUGAAGGGAAUCUCGUCGCCAUAAAAAAGGCAGCUCAUGUCAUGAUCACAACUUCAAAUCUCUUUACCUAUGUCAGCUUUCUCGUCUAUUUAUCCAUGCCAGCUUUCUCCGCCAAAGUCCAGGCGUGCUUGAGGUACUAUUUCGGCCAACUUAUUCCUUUGUCUUCACUCUUGUACAUAUUGUCUGUAUGUUUCGCUAUAGGUAGAUGUGUUAAUUCGAAAGUCGAUUCCUGUCGUAAC